AACUAGUGUGCAUAUAUCGUGUCAUUAAACCGAACGUGCCUGAAAAUGUCGGCCAGAAACCCAGGAGUUGAGUAUGAUUCAAGUUGGUUUGAUAAUAUUUAUGUCAAUCUACCGGCUGUCAAGCGCAGAGCAGAAACUCUUGGGACCCGCAGAACAGUCAAGAAGCAAUGGCAAGCAGCAUGGCUGCUGCGCGCUGUAACGUGCAUCGAUUUAACGACUUUGGCAGGGGACGAUACCCCCUCAAAUGUGUCAAGAUUGUGUUUCAAGGCAGCAAAUCCUGUCGGGAAAGAUAUCCUGAAAGCAGUUGAGAUGGAAAAUGAAGGCAUUUCAGUGGGAGCUGUAUGUGUGUACCCCAACAGAGUAGCGGAAAGCGUGAAGUUCCUCAGGGCCGCAAAUCGUUCUGAUAUUCCUGUCGCCUCUGUAGCAACAGGAUUUCCAACGGGACAAGUGCCCCUCAAAACUCGUCUGGAGGAGAUUAGAAUGGCAGUAGCAGAUGGAGCCAAAGAAAUUGACAUUGUCAUCAAUCGCCAGUACGCUUUGGAGGGAAAUUGGAAAGGGGUGUAUGAGGAGGUGCGUAUGAUGAGGGAGGCUUGCGGAGAGGCUCAUAUGAAGACCAUCUUAGCCACUGGUGAGUUAGGCUCCAUGGUAAAUGUUUACAAAGCAAGUAUGGCUUGUAUGAUGGCAGGAGCAGACUUCAUCAAAACCUCAACAGGAAAAGAAGGAGUAAACGCCAUCUUGCCCGUGGCUUUAGUUAUGGUGCGAGCCAUUCGAGAGUACCACCAGCGAACUGGACAGAAAGUAGGGUUUAAACCUGCAGGUGGAAUAAGGAGUGCCAAAGAUGCUUGUACAUGGUUGUCCCUGAUGAAGGAGGAGCUUGGAGAUGAAUGGUUGUCUCCUCAUUUAUUUCGUUUGGGGGCCAGCUCCCUUCUGAUUGACAUAGAGAGACAGCUUUUCCAUUAUGUAUAUGGUAGAUAUGCUGCAACACAUGAAAUCCCAUUGUCAUAGACCUGGAUAAAGGUGCUUCUAUAUUUAUCAGUAUGCUAGUCUUCAACUUUGUUUCCAAGUACAGUAAAUACAAGAGUAACUAGUGCUAAACAGAGUGAAUUUAUUACACUGCAGGUGGUUCAAUAAUCUCCCUGGUUGUCAUGUAGAUACAUAAUACAUUUGAUUAAUAAGGCAGUAUUUGAGACAUUCUACCCCAACCAUGUGCCAAGAAGCAUGAGACAUUUUACUGACUGUAGUCUCUUAAUUAAAAAUUGAACUUGAAAUAAUCCAUUGUUACCAGUAUUCCUACACAUGUUUAAACUGUGUGAAUGAUUAACUCGAUUACAAUAUAAAAGAAGUGUUUUGUGCA